UUAACUUAUUAUCCAUAACUUACUUCCUGUUUUAAAAAAAUAUCCUCGCUGAAAAGAAAAUACAUAAAAAUAGUUUCAAAUGAUCAGAAAUGGACCUUAAUGACUGGUCUUGGCCAUGAGAACAGCCUACAGUAAAUGUUGAAAUGCCAUCAAAUGCAGACUUCCGUUUAAGUAUACUUGUUGGUGACACGCUAUUACCUGAAUAUGAAAAGGAUGGCAUUGUAUUUGUAGAAAGUAGCUUUUUUACACCUCACAGUUACAAGCAACAAGCUAAGGAAACUGUAAAUGGCGAGACAGAAGUCCAGAGUUGGCCAGUUACACCAUUUUCCGUAUGUAUAGAAACAGAACCAAGUAGUCAGGCCUGUUACUAUAGAGUAUAUGUUGAUGGUCAAAAGGUCACAAGUAAAAGUGUCACUCCUGGAACAAAAAGGGUAAUUAAAGGUUUUAGAGACGGUACCCUUGUUAGAGAAUUUUUGUUUUCUUUACCAAGAUUUGCCAAAAAUGAGUUUGACAGAAUAGAUGGGAAUAUAUCUUCCAAAGUUGGAAUCAUUGAGGUACAGAGUUGCUAUGCAACCUUAAAAACAACACAGAAAAGGAUACGUAACAAGAAACUUGAAUAUGACCAGGCUAAUAAAAAGGACUGUGGCAGAGUUACUGGUGGUAGUUACCUCAUGUCAACAACUAAAGCUGGAAGGGUUGUUGGGAUGAAAAACAGCUUCAGAAAUGUGGAUUUUUGGAAUGUACAUUCUGUAACCAGUAGACUAUCAGUAAAAUAUGUAACAGCACAAACUCUUCAAGAUAUAAAUGUUAGUAUAGUGCCUAUACCAUUCCCACAGGGACUUCUUGAUAAUAGAUCUAGAGCUUUACAUUCAAGACCAAACAUUUUAAGAAAAAGAUCUGGUAAUAACACAAAUUCUUAUGUUUCUACAGAAAUUAAAACAGAGAACGUUGAAAAUGUGAUUGGAAGCGCUGAUCACAUGGUGGGAAGUUCAGAGCAUGUUGAACAUGUGGUAGACAGUGUCAAUCAUGUGACAGGAAGUUCUGAUCACAUGGUUGGAAGUUCAGACCACCAGUACACUGGAGGACCAAACUUCAUUAAACAAGAAGUGUUUUGCCCAAUCUUAAUAAAUGGGGAAACUAUUGAUUUAACUUUUGAUGAUGAUGAGGCUGCAAUUGAAAUAAUAGACUGAAAUCCUUGAUUUACUGGAUUGUUUUCUAAAAAAAAUUGAGGUCACAGCAGAUUACAUUUCUUACUUUUACAAGAAAAAUAAUGUUUAUAUAUGGAAACAUUUUUUCAUACAAUUAUUUCAUAUUAAAAUUAUAGCUUUUGUCAAACAAUAGGAAAUGAUAUGACAAAUUUAUAAAAACAAAAAACAAAAUUCCCACAUUUAUAGUAAAAAAGAAUAACUUAACUAAGUUUUAUGGAAAGCAUAUUGCAUAUAGCUUAAAACUUAUCAAUUUGAAGAAUACUCCAUUCAGGACUAGUCAAAGAUUAGUGUUUUUUCAUCCCUAUUAUAUAGGUAGAUGUCUUGUAUUUCUAAGUAACACAUAGUUUCCUAAUUACAUGAACAAAAUUAAGAAAAAAAUAGUUUCCAAUUAGUUCAUUUUAGUUAUUUAAAGUUUUUAAUAGUUUUAUUACUAAAGCAUUCAAAUAAUUUUGUGGAAAAGAAUAAAAACAGCCAUUGACUUCAACACCCUCAUUCUCUAUAAAAAAUGAAUAUUGAAAAUUGAAGAAUCAGUAAAUACUUUUCCAUUAGAGCUACAUUUUGUAACUUAUUCUAGCUGUGAGUAUGGACAAGGCUGACAGCAAACAUGAUAUUUAUUUGCUUGUAGAAAAUGGUUACAUGACCAUAUCAAAGAAAAUUGUAUAUACAAGAUUCUAAAGCAUUCCUGUUUCACAUAUUUGACUGUAAAUAUUUUUACUUCAUAAAUUAUUAAGGAAAAUUUAUAUUUUUAAUUUAUUUAAUUAUUUAUACUCUAAAAGACUGCAACUCACUAAAUGCAGUUUUGAAGUUCCAUAUAUAGUACAACCUGACAAAAAAAAUCAAAUCUAUUAUAUGAAGAAGUAGCUUUGAUUAUCCUUUGAAUUUUUCAAAUCUAUCACUAGAAUCAUAUUCAAAACAGUGUGGCUGUGGCCAUUGAUUGACGUCCUUAAUUCAUUCAAUGACUGGGACAGAUUAUGUGAACUUUUGUCUGUAACGACACUGCUCACUACUUACUUAUUAUAGAAUUUAAACUGUAGGGUCACCAAAGGUUCUUAAACGCCUUUAAUAAUGAAAUAAUCCGAAAAAUUAAUCAGGAAUAACCUUUAUGUUUUGAUUUAUAUUAUUGAUAUAAAUCAUAACAUCGUGUUAAUUUAUUCAUGAUUAAUUUUUCGAAUUACUUUAUUUAGGUAUUGAGAACCUUUGGUAACCCCACAGUUUAAGUGUCUUUAACAAGUACAUAGUGAGCAGUGGUCGUUACAGACAAACGUUCACACAAUCUGUCUUAGUCAAUGGGAUAAUUUAGGACGUCAAUCAAUGGCCACAGCCACACUGUUUUGCAUAUGAUUCUAAUAAGUCUCAAGUCUGCUUCACAAGACAUAUCAAUAUAUAUUUGAAUACUGCAUUCAGAUUCCAUCCAAUUUCUUAACAGUUAGAUUAAAGCCCUCCAACAUUGCAUUUAUAAAACCAUGAUUUACCUUUUUGUAAUAUAAAUGAAGUGACAUAAUUAUUUUUUUAUUUGAACUUAAAAGUUGCAAUUUCUUUUAAUUUGAGAACCUCAUGUAAAUGACAUAAACCAUCUUGUCACAUCAUACAUGUAUUUCUAUUUGUUAUCAUGAUAAAAGUAAAGUGUUCAAGAGACAAACAUAGACUAUAUGUAUAAUGUCUUAGAAUUUUUUAAUUUGAGAAGAAAAUUAUCACUUGUUCACUAACUUUUGUAGCACUAGAUGUACCUUUCAAAUAUAGAAUCAUAUUCAAAACAGUGUGGUCCUGGCCAUUGAUUGACGACCUAAAUUAUCCCAUUGACUGGGACAGAUUAGGUGAACGUUUGUCGGUAACAAUCACUGCUCACUAUGUACUUGUUAAAGACACUGAAUCUGUGUGGUCACCAAAGGUUCUCAACACCUAAAUAAAGCAAUUCGAAAAACGAAUCCAGAAUAAUAUGAUGUGUUGAUUUAUAUCAAUAAUAUAAAUCAAAACAUAAUGGUUAUUCCUGAAUAAUUUUUGAAUUAUUUUAUAAUU